AUGGAUCACGUCGAGAGUCAUAUGGCUCAGCAAGCCAGCCAAGAAACUGCUUCAUUCUUCACUCCUCUCAACAUAGUCCUCCUCUCCGCCGUCCUCUACACAACCUAUGCCCUCCUGCGCUCAUCGCCACCACCCUCGCUUCCUCGAGAUACUCCGUCAACUGUCUUCCGAACCUACACUCCCCACACUCUCUUCCCUUUCAACGGCGAGGAGAACCGCCCUGUCUACCUUGCCGUGCGCGGUCGCGUUUUUGAUGUAACUCCUGGUCGCAACUUCUACGGUCCCGGUGGUCCGUACAGCAACUUUGCCGGCAGGGAUGCAAGCCGAGGCCUUGCGUGUGGAAGCUUCGAUGAGGAUAUGCUGACCAAGGAUCUUGAUGGACCCCUUGACAAGCUUGAGGGAUUGGAUGCCGAGCAGAUGGAUGCGCUUCAGGGUUGGGAGGAGAGAUUCCUGGAGAAGUACAAUGUCGUUGGAAAGCUGGUUUCCGUGCAAGACUAUGAGGCGCAAAAGGCUUAG